AUGAAUUUGUCCUCUCCAGUCAGUUAUGCUGUCAAAGAAGCUAAAUGCUUACAUAAUGCCAAGUGUGAGUCACAGUUACUACGAAAUAGCAAUGAAUCAGAGUUGGACACUGCUGAAGAUCUGAGAAGGAAACUCUGUCAAGCUAAAAAAGAAAAAUUAGACUUAACCAUUAAACACAAUCAAGAACUGUCCAGCUAUGAAAGCCAGAUAGUCAGAUUACGGUCAGAAAUUGAGAAAGGAGAGGCUGUUCGACAAAGUCUGGAGUAUGAAUUGGCAAUUGCCAGAAAAGAUGCUCGUCUGAAAAUGUAUGCUGCAGAAGAGGAGUUAAGUGAUGCAAAGAACAAACUUGUGGAACUGCAAGUAUUGAAUGAAAAACUUCAGCAGAAAGCGGCAGAGACUGAGAAAACAUUUCAUAUUGCUCAGCAGAAGUGGAAAGAACAACAGCAAAGACUUGCAAGUGAGAAGGAUGAUAUCCGCAGAACUUGCAACAGUGAAUAUGAGUUGCUUCUUAAGGAAAGAACCAAACUGGAAAGUGUUUUGCAGGAGCAGAAUAAUGCACUGCAAAAUAUACGCAAGAAAAUGAAAGAUGUGGAGGUGGAACACAAUGGCUGUACUGAGCUGUUGAGGCGCCAGGCCAAUGAGCUUGCAUACAGCGCUGAACGAGAGGAGCGACUUAAAAAAGAACUUGAAGCAGCUACAGUGAGAAUAAAGAAACUGGAAGAAAACAUUGAAGCAGAGAGGGCAGCACAUUUGGAAUCCAAAUUCAAUUCUGAGAUCAUCCAGUUAAGAAUUCGAGACCUUGAAGGAGCUUUGCAGGUGGAAAAAGCCAGCCAAGCAGAAGCUCUCUCUGAUUUAGAAAUGAUCAAGAAAGAGUUCAAAGAGGUAGAAAAUGCAUAUGAGAGAGAAAAACACAAUGCCCAAGAGAACUUGGAAAAACUCAAUGUAUUAGAAAGAGAGUGUUUCUCCACAAACAAGCAAAUGAAUGAGAAGAUUGAGGAAAAGAAGAAGGUAAUUAAAGACCUCUCUGAGAAACUAGGGAAUAGUGAAAAAAACGGCAGAGAAUUACAGGAGGAGCUUGCAAUGGCCAAGAAACACCAGGUCUUUCUAACAGAGACGUAUGAAAACAACAUGAGAGAGCUGGAGUUACUCUUGGACAGCUUUGCUAUGUCAGGCCAGCGGACAGCAGGCACUUGUAAGGACAAAGAUAAACCUCCGAGCCUCUCUGUCCUUGAGACUUUGAGGUGUACCUUGACAGCUUACCAGAACAAGCUGGAAGAUACGUCUAAUGAGCUUGGGAAAAUGAAGGCUCUGUGUGAAAACAUGACAAAAGAACUUGAGAUAUCCAAAGAUAAAAUGUGUGCUUUAAGUCAAGACUUAAAGGAAGCUCAGGAUAACCUAACUGAUGCCAAUAAAGAGUUAAAUCAUCUGCACGCUAAGUGUGCAGACAGAGAGACUUUAAUAGGAACUUUAAAAAUGGAACUACAGAAUGUACGGCAAUGCUGGGAGAAAGAGAAAGUACGUGCCACAGAAUCUGAAAAUGAAAUCCAGAAGCUUACCAGGGCUUACCAGAAGGAUGUGGAGGAGAAGCUAACCUUCCUCCAUAGCUUAUACCAGCGUUUGGUAGCAGGCUGUGUGCUUAUAAAACAACCAGAAGGCAUCCUAGAUAGAUUCUCUUGGUCUGAGCUUUGUGCAGUCUUGCAGGAGAAUGUUGAUGCCCUGAUCUUAGACCUCAACAGGGCUAAUGAGAAGAUAUCUCACCUAGAAUAUGUUUGUAAGAAGAAGUCCAGUACUAUGAAGGAGCUUCAGCAGAGCCAGGAAGAUGCUUUUAGCAAAAUGGCUGACCAGAUGAAAGCACAGGAAAGCUGUUGGCAGAAACAAAAAACGUAUUUGGAACAGCAGUACUCAGGUCUCCUUGGGGAAGUUCAUGCAAGGGCACAGGAAUACCAAGAAACAGCAGAGAAAAACAAGGAAAAAAUCUAUGUCCUUGAAAAAAGACAGGAGAAAUUGGCCCUUGAAAAUGUAUCUGUGAAAAAUAUGUUAAUGCAGGUUCAGAAGGAGCAUUCAUCUCUCCUGGCAGCCUGUGCUCUCUUGGCUAUGUCUUCCCAAAGAGACCUCCUCCAGGAUCAGGUCAACAUUUAUGAAUUAGUGAACCAGGAGAUUAGGACCCUAGUUCAUGCUCUCUCUGAUGUAGAGGAAAACAAUCAAGAUGAAGAAAAUCUGAAGAAAAGAAAAUCCAAAGGCCUGAUUCAUGUAUUCCGAAGAGGUGUGAUUGCAGUUUUGGCAGCUAACAGACUUAAAGUUUUAGCCCAGUCUUCUCGUUCCCUCUUCUCCUGGGUAAAUGGCUUCAAAGAAGGCAUUGGAAUUCUAGUUUGUAUAGGAGAUUCCAAAGACAAGCGUAAUGUGUCAAGUCGUGAAGAGGAACAAAUGCACUGUGUUGAAGAACUCGGCUGGUUUACUAGUUCUGACCUCCUUGCUGCAAUAAUCAGUUCUGUCAGUGAAUUACAGGAUAUUGUAAACAAACCAGAUCCAAAGCCCUGGCUUUCCAGACACUUGCUUGUAAGUGCAGCCAGGAACUCCUUUUCAAGACUUAUGGACAAGCUGAAUGUAAUAAUGGAGACUGUUCCACUAGACAGCAGCAGGAGCAUUAGUUAUCUGGAGAAAGACUCCUUGGUACAGAGGCUGGCGCAUGGACUUCAUAAAAUAAAUACCCAGGCCCUGGAAGCUGGAUUGUGUGACAGACUACCCAUUCUGAAAAGCAUAGCAUCCUUGCAGAAGCAAAUAUUUGAAUUUACACAAAGACUUCAUACGGCAGAAGUGGAACGCCGCUCACUGCGCCUAAAACUUGCAGAAUUCAAAUGGAAUUUCAGUGAGUUGAAAAAAGAAGCUGACAAAGCCCAGAGCCUGCAAGAGCAAUUAAAUCUGUUUAAGCAAUCUAAAUUGAUCACCCAUGAGAGGUUUGAAAGUGCAUGUGAAGAAUUAAAUAAUGCAUUACAUCGGGAGCAUCAAGCACAAGUGCUUUUGAAUGAACAGGCGCAACAGCUGCAGGAGUUAAAUAAUAAACUAGAAUUGCACUCCAGUGAAGAAGCAGAUAAAAAUGAAGUCUUAAGUGAGACUGUAAAGAGACUCUCCGAGGCAAAGAUGGAGCUGAGAAGAAAAGAUCAAUCUCUGCGUCAGCUCAAUAAACUUCUUACCCAGCUGGAGCAGGACAAGCGUCGACUGAAAGAGAGCAUCCAUGAUGCAGAGAGUGCCCUCUGCAUGGCAGCGAAAGACAAAGAACUGAUUAUUAGUCAUAUGAAAUCUGUGGAAGCCACUCUUUGCAAGGUCAGAGAUCAGACCUUGCUGUCACGGACUGCGGCAACCAGGAAUGACUUCACCCUGCAGCUACCCAAACUGCACCUAGAGACCUUUGCAGUGGAAGGGCUGAAGGGCAGGCCAGAGGUUGUAGCAUUUCAGGCCAUGAUUAAAAGUUUUAUGGAUGUCUACCAACUUGCAAGUUCCAGAAUUGACAUGUUAGUGAGAGAAACAGCAUCUCAUCAGCUUCACACUGUAGCCCUAAAGUCCAAGCUCCAAACCGCUUGUCUUCAUGAAAGUGAGAACUUACAAUUGAUGACCACUUGUGUACUAAGGAUUGGGAAGUCUGCCAAACUUGCUGCAGCGAGGUUUGCUUUCACUGGGAUUGAGAGAGCUUUUAGCAAAGAUUAUGCUAGUCCUGUCUAUGAAGGGCUAUGCAGUGGCUUGAUAUGUUACAACGAAAACAAACAACUUGCCCCCACCAGCUCUCCAAUGCCUGUGAUUAAAUGCAGAGCUUUUGAAGAACCGGUCACACUAGUGGGCAGACCUGAAGAGCGUUCAAAGUUUGUUGGUUUUGCAGCAGGAUGCCAGGACUGGCCACGUGGAGUGCAGGCUGAAGAAGACAUACUGAAGGGAAACCUGGCACUAACCCGGGGGACUCUGGGUGGGAGCCAUGCUUCUGGUAACAGAGGAUAUUUUCAGACACCCCAGAUUGCGUCAGGAAGUGGAAGCCAAAUUAUGAACCACAAUAUCGAGCUUUUUCUCACCAAGACCUUUAUUUCUGCAGAAAGGCUUGAAAAUGGCCUUCCCUGA